GAAAAUUUGGCCUAAGGGGUGUAGAUAGCUGGGUAGAAGAAAUAAUCAAAGCAUUGUCGUCUCAAGCUAAUUCAUUAAUAUCUAUCAAACUCGAAUGUAUUAACAUCUCAGAAUCUUUAUUGGAUUCACUUGUUAAAUGCAAAAAUUUGGAAGAUCUC